CUCUCUCCUCGUCUCACUCCUUUUCCGCCGGCCGGAGGGGCGGCAUGAGAGGUGUCGCGGGUACUGGCCGAUGGUGGUGGUAGAGUGUUCAAGGUGGGGUUCCCGUACCGGAUAGCACAACGUGGAAGGGAUAAUUAAACCGACACAAGCGUAGCUCCCUACACUGCCUAACGGAAGGACGAAGAAAUGUUACCAUGGCUACGUGGAUGGGAUCCGGCCAAUCCCGGUGUACCUCGUAGGCGUGGUCUCUACAUUGGCACCCCGAUACCUUCUAUCUCCGUCUCUUUUUCAUGCUUUCAGCCCCUCUGCCGUGGCCGCCGUAUGACGAAGGCAGAGGUGAUGAUGGUGGUGGUGGUGGUGGAGAUGGUGGUGGUGGUGGCAGCGAGAGAGAAGUAGAGGUAGGUCUAGAGAACCCGUGAGACUGCCCGGUUGCAACGGGCGCGUACAAACGUAUCAUGCUGGGUAGGGCCGGUGCCGAGAUGCCGGCUUGUAAACGAAACCAGUUUGCUAUCCGAUACGAUCCAAGCAACAGCGGCCUCGCGUGAUAUCCCCACGACGUGGCAGAGCGUCAGCGUGCCUGGCCUAGUGGGUGUUACCUGAACGACGACCUGGAGGACGUUCGCGCGGACGACUCGCGGCUGACAGUGGUUCGCUAGCGAUUUUCGGUGAACAUACCGAGGAGCUCUCACGACGUGGCCUUGCGCUGUUCUCCAGUCAGAACGAGCCGGCGGGAUACCAGCGAGCCGGGUUAGGAGUCGCCCCCAAAUUAGACAGUGACGUGACGCGACUCGAGAAAGAUAGACGCCAAUGUGGGCUCUCAGAAUUUAUUACCUGCCGCAGCAGCAGAUAGUCGCCGUCGUCCACCAAGCGAUUCUAUACCGUUCGGUCUUUAUGAAAGGUUGAGGUUCUCCUACUCGUGCACCGGUACCGUCUCUCUAUGUAACAGCCGACAGAUUCCUCUCGGACAGCCGUAGGAUCCAGUAGUGUCGAUGGUGAAGUGGAAAAUCCUCCAGUGACCGUUUCAUCCGUUCGUAACGAGGAAUCGCGAUCGCGACGAAUCAUGAGAAGAGCCAAGGGCAAGCAUAAAUCGUAGCGCUGCGCCUCCUCAGCCGCGACAAGCCGUCGUCCGGGUGAUAUCGACGCUCCGAGAGAGAACCGGGACAGAAAUCCGGCCGGUGGAUCCGUCGGCUGAUCGCUAGACUCGAGGAAAAUGUCCACCGUAGCGCCCGCCGGGAACAGCACCGCGGGACCGAACGGGAACGGUCCAAUUGUACCUGCUCCGGUGUUCGCACUACCGACGUUGUCCUUUACCGUCGGCCAAGUGGCCACGGUCUGCGAGACCUUAGAGGAGAGCGGUGACAUCGAGAGGCUGGCCAGGUUUCUAUGGAGCCUACCGGUCGCGCACCCCAAUAUCCAAGAACUGAAUCAAAGCGAGGCUGUCCUCAGGGCGCGUGCCAUCGUGGCCUUCCACUCGGGGCAAUAUCGCGAGCUUUACGCCAUUCUGGAGAGGCACAAGUUUACCAAGGACUCGCACGGUAAGCUACAGGCCAUGUGGCUGGAAGCGCACUAUCAAGAGGCCGAGAAGCUCCGCGGAAGGCCGCUGGGACCGGUGGACAAGUACCGCGUCCGGAAAAAAUUCCCGCUGCCGAGGACGAUCUGGGAUGGCGAGCAGAAGACGCACUGCUUCAAGGAAAGAACCAGGUCGCUGCUGCGAGAGUGGUAUCUGCAGGAUCCCUAUCCGAACCCGGGCAAGAAGAGAGAGCUGGCCUCCGCGACGGGGCUCACGCCGACGCAGGUUGGGAAUUGGUUCAAGAACAGGAGGCAGAGGGAUCGUGCCGCUGCAGCGAAGAACAGGAUGCAACAGCAAUCAGGCCCAGGAAACGGAAACACGCGGCGCAACCUGAGCCCGGGACCCGGCGGCAGCGAUUCCGAGGACUCCGACAUUUCCCUCGGAGGAGCAUCACCAGCGUCACCGAACGCCUCACCGCCACCGAACCACCAACCAUCCCCGGUGCCCCUCGGACCCCUUGGACCCUUGCCAACCCCUUCCUUAAAUUUCCGUUUCGAUCCUACGCAGCCGCAGUUUCGGUUCGGCCAUACGACGCCUUUCAAGUUUCCGCCGACGGGCUUCCGAUUCGGACCGCAUAGUCCGCAACCUAAUCACCCGACUAUGCCGAGCGGAGGGAUUUUCAGGAUCGCGGAGACCAGCCCUUUCCAGGCUAUAGGGCCCAGGGGUGAUGUAGGAUCGAGAUUGCCGGACCCUUUGGGACUGCCGCCACCGAGGCUCCACCCGCACGAGGGCCUGCUACACCACCCACACCCCCAGUUGACCGAUGGGAUAUCCAGGAUAUCCGAGACGUCGCGACUGUCCGACGGUGGGCUCUCGCGGCUUUCGGACAGUCUGUCGGAGGCCCACAGCCCGCCAUUGCUGGCGGCGAACCUGUCGGUCGCGGGUCCCUUGAGGGUGGCUGUGCCCAGCCCUGGCACCCCCUCCUCCCGGGGCAGCCCGCCCCCCCGGCAGCAGACACCUCAGGGUCAACCUCAGAGUCAGGGUCUGAUAAGGGUCGCCACGCCGCCACCGCCGCCGCCACCGCCGCCACCACCUCUGCCGAAUCCGAGACCGCAGAUUCACAGGCCGUUCUCACCCUCGUGAUUCGACGAGAGCGACAGGAGAAGAAACGCCAUCUUUGGGGCAAACGAUGAUGCCGAGGUGUGACGCCGAGGUAAAACGACGCGCCAUCGCGACGCCGUGAACGAGCGAACGUUCGUUCGUUCAGACAAUGCUGUGAAGACACGGGGGUCAGGGUAAUUUACCGGACGACAAUCUGGCUUGCGAGAGGAGUCCUCGAAUCGAAGGGGAUGACGACGAUGCGCAGAACAGUCGGAUGUUUCAAGGGCGGCCUACGGCGAAUCGGCUCCCCGUUAACCUCGUGAAGACUGACGCGACGAUCGCGGAGGUACGGCAGGAUAUCAAUAAAUAACGAAGUCAUCGCGCGAGGAUUACGUUCGAGGAGAGCUGCGGCGAACGUGCCCCUCGAGAUGACUACAUCGGGGAUCCUCCAAUCGGUGCAUCAAUUUGCUUCGUCGAAGAAAGAAGCCCCAAGUGGUCGGGAAACGGUCGCUGCACGACGCGUAUGUGAAAACGAGUCAGCGGCGCGCGAUAUCGUUAACGAAACAAUCGUCGCGAGAGAGACCAGCCUCGAGAAUACCAAGUGUCAUUACGCUUUAGAUCUUAGGGGAGCUCUCCUCCGCGCGCUCGGUGACGUGUGUGCGUUGGUCGGGACAGCCCGCGCAAAGAAACGGUCCCCGGUCGCGAAAAGUGCGGCAGGGGCGCCGGACAAAAUAGACUCUUCGAAAAGUGAGUACAAGUCCAUCGGAUAAGUGCAAUCCUCUCGGGUUCGAAGGAGAAAACGAACGGUCAGGGUGUGGUGGUGGUGAUGGUGUGGUGUGUACAUAACUUUCCUAGGCGACUCGCCUGAUCGUCGAAGAACACCACGCGUAGUAUAUACAGUGGAAUCCCCAUAGAUUGUAAAUAGCGUCGCUUUUUAGCGCUCCCUCCCGAUGCUCUCUCUCUCUCUCUCUCUCUUUCUCUCCCUCUCUCUCUCUCUCUCUCUCUCUCUCUUUUUCUCUCCUUAUCGCUUGCCGUGAUCGAUUAGUUAAGCAGCGAACUGUACGCACGUCUCGCCGACGUGUUGAAAAGUGUGGCAAUCGAAUCUACCGCACGAGACGGCGUAACACGAGAGAAACGCGAGGGAACUUCGAGUUGAACUUGCCUACGGUACGGAUAUAUCGAUAAAAAUCCGCGGAAAUGUCGCGGCGGAGAGCACGCGCGCGAUUUGCGUUUCCCCGAGCCUUUUCUUUUCCUUUUUUUUUUUUUCUUUUCUUUCUGUUUUAAUCGGACAGAACCGCACAACAGAGCGAACGCGAGAGGAAAAUGCGACCGAUUGCGCAAAAGAGUCGCGCGCUGAAACUGCUGCAGUGACUCAUAUUUAUCGUACGGUAUAUUCGAUGUCGUCGUUGUGUGUAUCUGUUAACCGUGCAGUUUGCAAGUGCGCACUUUUGUUCUCAACAAAUCGAGUCGAAGUGAAUUCUGCAAUUUUAACUGAGAUGGACAACGACAAGGAGAACCGAACGUUACCUUAUCCCAGUCGAGAUGUCACGUCUUGUGGAUCCUGCAAAUCCCGUCGAACUUGCAGGACUCCGGUCCUUGAAAUUCGACGGAAUCCGCGGGAUUAAUGUAGAGCUAAAAUUUCGAUUUGGAAAGGCCGCGACGUAACCGUUUGCGUUAUUGCCGGGAUAAUGCGCGCGAGAAGAAGAGUUUUCGCGCUUUCUCUGUAGAUAGAAACAGUUUAGCGAAAUUCUUGUAUAAUCAGUCCGAGGAUAUAAAUAUGAAAAUAAACAGUACGUAUACUAUGCGUAUAUAUAAUAUACAUAUACAUAGUAUAUAUACAUAUACUAUAGAUAAAGACUCAUGUAAUUUACAUAAAGACUAUCAACACACGAAAAUUAUACAUAUAUAUAUAUAUAUAAAUAUAUAAGAGAGGAGAGAAGAGAGAAGAAAUAGAAAAAAAAGAAGAGAAAAAUGGAACAUUAUUAUAAAUAUAUAUAUUAUUAAUAUUAUUAAUAUUAUUAUUAAAAUAUUAUUUGUGCGCCUGUACAUACACAUUCGCGCAAAUAUAUAAUAACAGAUUAUUAUGACAUUACAACAGACCAUCAUGAGUAUUUUGUUCGCAUCCUCGCAUCCAUUAUACGUCCUGCGUCGUCCUGACUGUUAAACGGGGUGGCAAAUUUCGCGCGUAAUCCACGGAACGUGUUAAACGCAUCGACGCAUUAAAAUGGCUUAACAUUUGCGCCCGCGCGAUCCUACAACGUGUCGAACACGCGGUCUCAUGAACAAAAUUACUAUCGCAAGUUCGGGCGGUGUGUUCCUCGCGCCGUUGCAUCACGAACGUGUCCGGUGUUAUUUCUAUAACGGCGGAGCGCAAUAUUCACCCGAACACGAUUACGAUCGCGCGUGGAUAAUUAUUGCUUCCUACGAAAAUCUCCCAUUACCAAUUUCUCUCUCAUUACGCUCGCGCGUGUGUCCCGCCGAUUAAAACUAUACUAUGUAUAGGCGCGACCGCGGAAGAGAUAGAGGAAGAGAGAGAGAGAGAGAGAGAGAGAGAGAGAGAGAGAGAAAGAAAGAGAGAGAGAGAGGCGGGGAGAGGCAGAGAGAGAAGAAGCACGUCUCCUCGUGCUGAAAUCGGCCGUUCUUCCCACAGAUUCGCACGUCACACGCUUCCACGGCGCGCCGUCGAAAAAUUGCGGAGUCACCGGCCGUUAACGAUCUUAGAGUCGUGUCCCGGACACGAUCUUUCUUUCUUUCUUUCUUUUCGCCGAAGGUCAAAAGCGAGUCGGUAUAGGAUCGGGUAGCGAGGCACGAAAACUUAGCACGGGACUUACGACGAAGGUAGGACGGGAUUAUCGGCGAACGCGCGCGACGGUGAGGGAGAAACAAAUGGCCAGAUCAGACCAGCGUGGCAGGUAAAAGGGUGACGUGUGAGAGCGAAGGCAGGAGAGAGGUGCGAACACAGUGCGAAAGGCAACACCAGCUAGGCGCAGACAGAUGGAGUAGUUGCGCGAUAACGCGGUGUGGGCGGGUAUCGCUGACAAAAUGCACCAAUCGGCUGGUCGGGUCGCCUUGUAACCGAUCCCGCGGGUUAACCAGGAACCAGGGAACAUCGACCAAGACUCUCCCGUAAGGUCGAUAUGCCUAGAGCGCACGCCUAAGCUCUCUCUCUCUCUCUUUCUCUCUCUCUCGACGUCGACUCCACCCUGCUCUGAUGCCUCCACAUGCGACUGCUUCCUCUCUUUCUUUCUACGCUUUCUCUCUCUCUUCUUCGUCAGCGUCUCCCUCCUAUUUUCCUCCUCUUCUGUCACACGUCGGAUAUCCCCGUUCUCUCCCCUUCACCUUCGAAGGUGCCCGGCAGCUGGGUAGAUUUCCAGCCACGAAGAUGGAGUCGUUGGGAUGCGGGGAGUGGAGCAAUACUCGCGAACUUUUAUGUCGCGCUCUCGACUCCAGUCGAGUCGACUUGAGGCGGCUUUCAGCCGCCGCGGUGACUCUACGAAGAAAUCGCGGGCACAGUCCGCGUGUCUGUCAUCGUCGUUGUCGUGGGGGUUUCUUAUUUACACGAGACAUGCCAGAUUCGCUCAUGCUAGUUGUAGGGAAAGACGUGCGAGUCGCUUUGAAAUACACUAUAUGUGAGGAAAGUUUAAGACGACGGUUGUGCAGGUACCAUGAGACGCGGCGAAUAAGCGCGAUUCAACGGGAGAAACUCGAGCGUAUGAACGUCUUUUUAUGCAAAAAAGAUACGAAAAUAAGGGGUACUGAUUGGGGACUUAUAAAAUUAGUGGUAAAAUGUUAGCUGUGAGAAAAUUCAUCUCGGAACUGGUCGGGGAAUUCGCGCGUCCACACAAUCGACACCGUUAGUGAAGAUACGAUUAACUUGGCAAAACGGGAAGUAUGAGACGCAUCCUGCUGUGGAAUCCGCGUGCUGCAAAAAUAAUAUUUCGCAACGGGAUAGAACACGGAAUAGAACGGUAGCGACCCAUUUGCGAAGAAACUGAUGGUUUACACAAGUCGAUCAUAUCGGCGACAACUCAACAAAAGAGCGACAUGGGGUGAGAGGGAGAGAGAGCGGGGUGAGGGGCAGAAAUGUUGAAAACGUUACGCAACAACCUCGGGACAACUGCACGCGUAGUUCCGCAAAAACACACGCGCACGCAUUGUGCGUAAACGUGAGUGUUUCUGGUGCGUGGCGUGCGUUCGCAGGAAUUUCGGUACGGUAGAAUAAAAGGGAUGAGUGUCGCGAUUAUCGAUAGGCUCCGGUGGCGUGCACCGUUUUCAAGGUACAUCCAAUAUGGCGUGAAAAGGUCCGCUCUGUCUCCGUCUACCCUCGCCCUGCUGUCGUUUAUCUCCGUCGCUCGCUCGAUGGCACGGUCGUCGUCUUGCCGGUCGUGUUUUGACAGUUGCUGCUCUGACACCUCUGGCGCAUUCAUUAGGAAGUGGUUCUCAUUCGGCGCUGAAGCAGCGGGACGAGGCUCUCGAAGGGAGAGAGCGCUUUAAGGGCACAAACAAUCGCAAAACGGUUUCGGCUGUUCUUCAUGCGCACAACGCGCAAGCUACGCUUGACAAUGCAUCGCACGAAGCUCGCGGGAAAGUCAACUCAACGAGAGGUAAACGUCUGAUAAAUUAUUCCCCAAACACUCGCGGAGUCGUUCUCGAAAUCAUUACAGACGACUACGAGAAAUUGUUUAAGUGUAAACACGCAGAAUUGGAAAUACGCGUGUAUCGCGUUGAAAACAAUACAAAUCGUAUUAUUGAAAACCAUAAAGAUCGUGGAGACGUAAUACUCCGCGUCAGAGGCAACAGUUAGACGAUAAUUGGUAAUAUAUAAAUUUGAUCACGCGCAACAUCGUUUCCCGAAGUAUCAGCCAACGUAAAUGCAUAUUUAUCGAUAUAUUGGUCGAGAAACGGAACCCUCAAGGGCCGCGCGGAGAGCCGCUGGCCAGGCUCCACAGCUGUCCGGAUUUAGAUGUUUAGGAUAAUGCGGUGUGGCCGGGGACUUACAACGAAAUAAUGUAGUCCACUCUGAAUGGUAGAGACGUGGAAUG